AAAUAGCAACUGUCGCCUGUCACACGGUUGUCAAGAAUUUCUUUAGCAGGCGAUGUCUUAUUCUCUGUCGGUUACUCAAUAAUGGAUAAAGAGAUUUUUAACGAUAAAUAUGAUUUAGAUACGUGCGGAAUUGCUUUUAAAUGAAUUAAAAUAUGAGAUCUAAUUAUGAGUUCGCCAUCGGCCGUGGUGUGCCGUGAGAUAUUCGAUGAGAACAGUCAGCCAUCUGCAGAGGAAAUAUCCGAUUAUGCCUGCCAGUUGGGCAUUGAUCCCGAAAGUGAGAGCCAUCUCUUGCCAUUGGCACGAGAUGGACUCAUGCAAGCAUUACCAGCACCAUGGAAAGCCUAUUUCGACGAGAAACUUCAAACCCAUUACUAUUACAAUGAAGACACGAAGAAGACCCAAUGGGAACAUCCGUUAGACCAUGUAUACAGAGAGCUUGUGAAAAAGGCCCGAGAUGCAUCCAUGCAAGAUGACACCUGUGCGUCAGUGCAGGAACUUCUUACAUCAGAAGAAAAUACAAAAAAUCUGGAACGCGUCGAAACCAAAGUCGAAAGUGAAGAUGAAGAUUUAAGCACAGAUAGUGAACAACAUGGAUCAGAUGUAAAAGAUCACACAAACGCAACAUUAGUGCCUGGGAACCGACGCUUAAAACCUUUAGGGAGGCCACCGCUUGCACCAAUUUCUAGACUUGAUAAAAAACUGAGUGAUCUUCGAAUUUCGCCCUUAAGACGAAGCGUGGAAAAUCCAGUAUCGGCCAAACCAAGUCUUGUCAGAAAUAUUUCAGACAGGGAUAUAUUAAGUCGUACGUUGGAAAGGCCUAAAAUGUUGUUUAAACAGCAAUCAGAAAUUAUUGAUUUGAAAAUGCAUGUUCUGACUAGUCCUGAAGAGGAACAUUUUAGUCCUCUGUUAGCUUCUGCUAAAGUAGAGAAAGGAUUGCCUUUGACUGGCAAAGGCAGUAUGUUCUUCAAGAUAUCUCGUUCGAAUCUUCCUAGUCCAGAUACAGAAAAAUCGCUCCAUUUAGACUCCGUUACUAAAAGCGAUCCGCCAAAGGGUAUACUUAGAGAGAAAACGUCUGAUUUGCUUCAUAGAAAGACUGAAAGUUUAGUUUUGGGUAAAUCGAAACAAACGCCAAGUUUCGAAGAGGAUAAGAAGAGUGUGCGAUUUAAAUUAGAAAACCUACCUGAGCCAACAGUCAGUCCAGGAUCGAACAGUUCAUCAGAACAAAACGACGCACAAAGUUCGAUCAUCAGCGUAGCCCCCACUAUUCCAUCACCUGUCAUUCCUUCAUCACCUGUCAUCCCCCCAUCACCUAUUAUUGCCCCUUCGCCUGUCAUCACCUCAUCACCUAUCACGUUAGCGCCUAUAACUCACACAGUUAAUACAUUGUCUCCAUUAGUGUCUAGACCCCCACUACCCCCUAGGAUUGAAAGUCCUAGAGAAGUGAAGAGUGUUUCCAAUUCAGAGAGGGAAUCUUUGGAUAGCGAAAGCCUAAACCGCGGUACGUCACCUCGAAGACGUCUUGUAAAACCUCCGCCAGGCGACUACAUAAAACCAGAACUAUUUCAGAAGAAUUUUCAGAAGAUAUCGGAACUUGUUCGACGCACGGACAUCGAACCCCAAUCCGUUACAGAUGAACCAAUUUCGGAUAAAGAGUCGAGACCGAGGUCACCAAUGAUACCUUUAAAAAGUAAAAUAUCAAUAAAUUUAAUGGAAAGUAUCGAAUCUGAAACGUCUAUCGAUUCGCCAGACAGAGAAUUCGCUAAUUUAGAUCUUAACGAUUUAGAUGAUUCAAACGCACAGACUAAAGAAGACAUAACAAAUGAUAGUAAAGAAAAAGAAAAGGAAAAAAGUCCACGCGUCGAAGAAAAUUCCGAUAAAACGCAUUCCAAAACAGAAUUAGUACAAAGAUCACGAGACAUUCCAAUACCUCAGAUAAAAGUUCCUAAAUUAGAAUUCACGCCAAAACAAGCCAAAUUUACACAUUCCGAUUCUGAAGAUUUUAAAAAAUCGAUUAAAGAUGAGGAACCAAAAAGCAGUGCUAGGUCUAAUAGCAUUGAUAUACCCAAGGACAUAAAAACUCAAAUAAAAUUAUCACCUACGCCUAGCUUAUCAGAAAAAUCACCUAGAUUAGAAUUUGCGAAAAAUUGGUCGAGUCCCUUAUCAACAUUUAAACCAUUAACUAAAACUAUAAUGCCUAUGAAAUCCUCUGAUUCAGCAUCUAGUUUAAGCAAAGGUUUGACUAGUCCUAGAUUAGAUGGAGUUAUAUUAUCUCAAGGGAAAUCUAGUUCAGAUAACGUAGUUGUAGUAUAUCAGUUUGAAACUCAAGACGAUAGUCCAAAACCUAUAAAGUCUCCGUUAUUAUCCGAUAUGGGUAUGAGAGAAAUGUUUGAAAGAAAUAAACAGGACGAAAGGAGACGAUUAGAGUUUUCGUUGCAAAAAGAGUUGGAGAUAAUGAGAAUGGAGUUCUCGGCGAAGGAGAAGAGGAUGAGAGCCGAGUUGCAGGAGGAUUUGAAAGAGGCCGAAGAAAAGUUUUUAAAUGAGAAGAAAAUACGUUUGUCGGAACAGGCGGAAAGACAUCGCCGAGAGAUGGAAGAGGCAUUAACAGAAGCCGAACGUAUUUACAAGCAAGAAUUGCAAAACAAAUUGAAAGAUUUGGAAAGAAAAUAUCAAAGCGACGCGGAAGCAGCGGAGAAACAACAUGAAAAUAAUAUGGCGAAAUUAAGAAAUGAUUUUAAUCAGAAGUUUAACGAAUUGCGUGAACAAUUAGAAAUAGAUAAUGAACGCGCACUUACAGAAAUCCAUACACAGCUCCAAACAAAUCUAAACAGGGAGAGGUCUCAUAUGAUAGAAGAAAAUAGGGCUACAAUAGAAAAUUUAAGAGAAGAACAUACAUCUAGAGUCACUGAAUUGAGACAUGAUUACAGAGCUGAGGUGGAGCGGCUGCGGGCCCAGCACGCGUGCCACCUGGAGGAGCUGCGCGGGCGGCUGGCGGGCGAGCGCGCCGCGCGGGCCGCCGACGAGCGCGCGCUGCACGACAAGUACCGCUGCCUCAAGGAGAAGUACGCGCGCCUCAAGCACGACGUCAAGAUGUCAAUAGAAAGACGUAAUAAAAGGCGCGAAAUGAGCAUGACGACAGGUUCUGAAACGGAAAAAUCAAACUCGCACAAAGCAAAUCCGCCUUUAGAAAGAUGUAAAGAAUUAAACGAAACGUCAGUUAGUGUAGUUGUGGAAACUGAACCUCCGAGGGCCAAGAACAACAAUCUGACGAUAAAAUUUAAUGACAACGAGACAUCGUACUCUGAGAGCAACGCACAAACAAACAAUAAGUCAGUUGAUAACAACAACUGCGAUUGGAAGAUGAGGAGAGACAAUACAUUGCAGUCAGAUACCUCGCAGUCGGGAACGAAAGUUCGUAGUAAACGUGGAGCUGUCGCCUUCCGUGAGCCGCUACGUCGACGUCGCGAAAGAGACAAGGAUGGUGCAACAACUGACUGUCAAGAUUCUUCAGAUGCAACUACAGCUGACGAAAAACCAAAAGAAACAAUAAACGGUCACGGUCGUCGCAGAUGCUUCACGAGAUUAAAAUCAGCAUCCACGUCACGCCUUAAUUAUUCACCGAAGUAAGCAAUUUGUUUUAGAACGAGAAAAAAAAUAUAUGUCUAAAAUAUA